GUUGUCUUACGAGCAAUAAUCACAAACAGCCUUAUCAAAAUGGCAUUCCGAUUCAUUUUUGCCUUUAUUGCCAUAAUUGUCCUGGCUCAAGGAUCCAUUAUUUCACCAGUCGAGCAGGAGUCUCUUGUGGGAGUACAUCACUCCGGAGUGGUUUCAUCUGGAGCUCCAGCUCUUGGUCUCUCACGUGGCCAUUCCGCUGCUCCUCAGCCUCAACGCCCCGUCUCUGCCCAUGGAUCCCUCUCAGGUCCAGUUGGAGGUCGAGUGAGCGGAGCAGGAGUAGCCGGAUCUCGUUCUCAUGGUGGUGCUCCUCGUCGUCCUUCUGCUGGCGCUCAUGGUCGUCCAAUUGGAGGUGGUUCCCACGCAAGUCGUUCCAUCGGAGGUGGAGCUGGCUACGGAAACGCACACCAGAAUCGCAAUCGCAUCCAGAAACCAUAUUAGAAAACCGCUUGGCUCUUCAACCUACUGAACUAAUGAUAUUAUCUCGGAAAUAAUUUUGUAAACUGUAUAAAUUUCUAUAUUCAAUUUUCUCAUAACUAUCUUGUGCAAAUAAUAAUAAUUAUUAUA